AUGAUAUAAAAUCUUUAGUCUGAACUCACAUCACCUAAUUAUUCACCAACUAAAGCUCAUGAUUUUAGAUAGUCUGACUUGUCUCCUACUAAGAUAAGACUCUAACAUUCUGUUUCAAAUGCUACUGAAAAUCAAAUUUUUUCUGGCACUUUCUCACAAAUGAACAAGAAAGUUAUACCUAGACCUGCUUAGGAAGUAAAAUUAACUAUUUAGGAGGCCCUUUAAAGGGUUGGCACUAAUGGAAGAUAUUAAAUUAUAUGUAAUAUAUUCUUUUUCCUUUAAUGGUUGAUAGCAGGUGCUGUUUUAAAUUCCCCAAUAUUUCUUUUUUUGAAACCGACAUUUGAGUGUGACAACGGACUUAACGGAACUGAGUGUGAAAACUGGGUAUGUAAAUAGAGCAACCCUCUCUCUUUCGCCACUUAUAUUCCCAAAUCUUUAGUUAUGUAAUUUGAUCCUCCUCUUAUAUGUGAAAGAUAGGUUAUAGCUGAUAGUAUAAUAGCUAUAACUUACAGUGGUAGUAUAGCUGGUUUUAUCAUAUCUUCUUACAUUUCAGACAAUAAAGGACGUAAGUUUGCUUCACUUAUAUUUUGGAUUUUUGCAGGUAUUGGAAGCUUGCUUAGUGGAGUCCUCAUCCAAUCACCUUGGCUUGUUGCUGCUGGAUUAUUUGUUUCUACUUUUGGAGUCAAUCCUGUCAUCACAUACGUAUUUUGCUUUAUCAAUGAACACUCAGAUGGAAAAUUCAGAGAGUACUCUUUGGCUUUGUUAAAUGCUUUAUUCGCUAUUGGAGCAAUUUAUUUAGCAAUCACUUAAUAUAUCACAGAUAAUUGGAUACAUCUAUAAAUCUAUUUUAUCGCAAUACCAAUUAUUGUAUCAAAUCUCUUUUAUUAUUAUAUUUAAGAGCCACCAAUUUUCCUUUUUUAGCAGGAUAAAAAAAAGGCUAUUAAUAUCUUGAAUCACAUCGCUAAAAUAAAUAAAAAACCUUAAAUUAAAGAAGAGGAUCUAAAAGAAGAGCCUACUUCAGCUGAAUAAAUAGAUCAACCUUAAAGCAAAACAACUCACACUUAUGGAUAUUUAGAUUUAUUUAAAAGUAAAUCUAUACUGAUAACAACACUCUGCUGUUCAUUGAUUUUGUUUAUAAUCCAAUUUCACUUGUAUGGAACUAACCUUACAUUUUCUAGUAUUGGAUUGGAAGUUAAAAUAAAUACAGUAAUUAUUUAUUCUGCUGAGGCAGUUUCUAACUUACUCACUGUUUACAUUAUCCCUAAAAUCUCUAGAAGGAAAAAUGGAUUCUUAAUGAUAGCAAGCAAUAUAGUUUUCUUGCUCUUCUUCUUUGUAAAGCUUCCAUCAGACUGCGAUGGAUUCUGCUCUCAAAAAAUUGCAUAAACCGUCCUAAUGGGAGUGGCAAGAUUCUUAUUAGGUUUUUAGAUAAAUAUUCAUUAAGUAUAUAUAAGCGAGUUGUAUCCAACUUCUAUCAGAUCAAUUGGAAUAGGAUUUACUUCUAUUGUAGGAGUUGUAGGUAGUAUUAUAUGCGGUUAUUUUGUAACAUUUUUCUCUGUUGAAAACCUCAAUCCAAUUGGUUCUAUGGGUAUAGCAGGUCUCUUAGCUAGUUUGCUGUAUAUCCCUCUAAAAGAAACACUUAACCAACCCCUAGAAGAUAAUAUUCCAGAGUAAACUGUAUAAAUGCAAUCAAUACCAAGCACUAACAUAAUCGGCACAUAAUAAAUUAUUCCAGAAAACAUUAAAAUAUAAAGUUGA